UACGAUCGCCACUUCGAGAUACAUUUUCUUCGCGAGUGCGUUAAAAGUAUUGAAUGGUUACGUUCGUUACUGUGUGAAUGUGUUCUACGAAUUCGAGUGUUAAUUAACUAUCUCAGUUAGCCGCUGCGAACUAUGCAAAGUGCCUGACUAAGUGCACAUACGAAUAAUAAUAUUUAUAAAUAAGAGAAAAAGACAAUGGCCACCUCCACAUUGACUGCAGCUGCGACUCCGUCCGCAGCAUCUGUGAAGAAUCCACAGCUGAAGCGCGUGGUCUACUCGAAGUAUCGGGAACUCUUGGGAUCAUACAACGAUAAAGCCAAUGCCAUCAUUGAGACUCUACCCGCCUAUAUGGUGCGAGAGGAUCGCGGAUUUCAACUGGAGCUGCCGAUGGCAGUGCAUUGCAAUGAUAAAAGCAGCGCAGAUAUAUAUGGUCAGCGUGGCGGAGGCGCCGUUGGAGGCGGGGGCUAUGAGGCGCCCGCCUGCGUGCAAAACGCAAUGAUGACAAAAGACAAGAAGCCCUUCACCUAUACGCCCGGAGGCAUAGAUCUCUCACAGAUCCGGUCGGAGCGCAUGGCCAAGCGUUUGGCGCGCAACGCACAAGCCGAGGGUGCUGGCACUGGAGCCGCUCAACAGAACAGACCUUCGCCACAGUCGCCGGGAGGCAAUGUGGCUAGCUCAAUGGGUGCCGCAGCCAUGGGCAUGCCCUUCCAGGUGCUGCCACCUCCACCACCGCCACAACCACAGUCGGGUAAGAAUGGUAAUCAUGCUGCUCCUACAGCAGCACCCCCACCGCCACCCCCACAACAAAGCACAUUAGCACCACCGGGUCGAGGCAGUGCACCCGGCUCGCCGGCCACGGCACGCAAGUCGCCGACGCCACAGCGGUUUGAGCCGCCACCACUUGGAUUCAGGCCGGAGAUUAAAAUUCCGAGCAAUCCGAUGGCGGCGUUGCGCAAAGUGCCGCCGCCCGUGGAGAAGAAUACCUUCUGGAAGGAUGAGUACUGCAAGGAGCGCUCCAAGAGCCCGUUGCCAGAGUCAACCCAGAAUCCCAAUGCUAAUGGGUACAACAGCAGCAGCAACAACAACAACAGCUAUGAUGCAGUUGAUGGUGAGCAGAGAGAGACGAUUAAGCCAACCAAUGGUGGCAGCAACAACUACAGCAAUGGCAAUGACAACAACAACAGCAUCAACAGCUACAGCCCAUACACACCAUCGCAAGUGCAACAGCCACAGCAACAGCAACAGCAGCUGCAGCAACAAUCACAGCAGCCACAAUCGCCCUCACCCAAAACACCGCCACUGCAACAACAGCAGCAGCAAUGGCAACCAACGCCACCGGCAACACCACCGCAACAGACGCGUCAGGAGUUCCGCAGUGUUCCCAUGCCAACGUCGCCAGCAGUUAAUGUUUAUACACGGCAAUCAGACUCUCCACGUUCGCCCUUCGAACAGCAACAGCAACAGCAGCAGCAGGAGCGGGCCACCGAAAGUCCUUUCCGCUUUGCACAGAUGCAACAGCAGCUCCAGCAGCAGCAACAGCUGCAGCGUCCACCAGCAGCAGUGUCUCCUUUGGCGCAGCCACAACAGCAGCCCCGUCCACCCACUGCCGUGUCUCCUUUGGCACAGCCACAGCAGUCACGUUCACCGACAGCAAUUUCUCCGUUGGCUCAGCAGCAACCACAGCAGCAGCAACAGCAACCGCAGGCUGCAUCUUCUGUGCCCUGGCGUACGCAACGCACUCCACAGCAACAGCAGCAACAACAGCACCCACAGCCCAUUUACAACAAUGUGCAACAGCAGCAGCAACAACCAUCACAACAGCAACGAUCUCGCGAUAUCUUUAGCCCAGCCAAAACAGAACAAAUACAACAGAGCUAUGACAAUCAGGAAUCGCAAUACCAAGGCGCUAAACCUACCAACGUUGGCUCGCUUUACAUUGCACCUUUGGCACAGCCUGUAGAACCACAGGCCCAACGUCUGUUGCUGCAGCAGCAACAACAAUCCGGUGCACGGGAUUCACCUAUGCGCCAAUUGCCACAGCAACAGCAGCAGCAACAACCACAGCAGAUUGGAGGUCAGCCACUGCGUUGGCUAAGCUCACAACCGCAGGCCAAGGAGCAGGCGCCUUGGGCACGUCCCGAGGAGAAUGGAAACGUGAUGCCCUCGUCCUUGCGCCAGCCAGCUCAGUCAGCUGGAGCAACGCAAGUGCAGCCCACUACUGGAUACUAUCAGCCACAGCCACAGCCACAGCCACAACAAGUGGUGCAAGGCAAUGGUUAUGGCACGUCAUCCUCUCCGGGACAGACGUCACAUCACAAUUUUGGCUCAAAUGCUCAACAGAGCGGUCUCCGUCUGCAGAUCAACACGAACAGCAUCAGCAACAAUGCGAGCCAGACUGGACCCAGGGAACGUAUUAUUCCAAUUACAUUGGAACAGACGCCAACUUAUGCAGCUGCACAGCCCAAUUUUGGUGCGCCUGCUGGCCACAUAAUACGCUCAGCUAAUCAAUUUGUCGAUCAAGGUUACAACAACUACCCAGCAUCAGCAACUGCACAACAACAGUUCGUCUCCAACAACAACAACAACAAUAACAUCGUCAACAGCAACGGUAACAACAAUUCAACACGCAUCAUACCGAUUGCAAUUGAAGGAGGCCGUGGCGGACCUGUCUCCCAAUCACCCGUUAUCCUCCAGAACGAUCCACGCUCACCGCCCAUACAAUCGAAAUCGUUUAGAAUAUUGCAAAAGAUAACCGACACCGUGGACGACGGCAGCGGCAGCGAUGGCCGUCAAGACUCGCCACAGAGCACUCGCCAGACCCAAUUGGAUGUGGAACCGCCGCAGUUGCAGCGUCCACAGUUUGCUCGCCAGAUGAGUGCUCAGCAGGCACGCAAUAGUCCGACUAUUGAGCAAAUGAGGCGAUUGCAAAUCGCACAGGAUCAGCAAUCGGGUACGCCUACAGCUUGGUCCCCGCAAGGUAAUGGAGUAUCAACACAGAAUCGCUUUACACCACAGCGGUCUUUAUAUGAUUCAUCUCAACAACCACAACAACAACAAUUUAUACCAGCUAGUGAACAACAAGCACCGGAGCCGAAAAAAUACACCGGUAGCGCCAUACCCAGCCGAUCUUUCAAGAUCCUGCAGGCUAUGACAACCCCAGAAAAUGCCGAACAUAAAAUUCACACCGAGCUGGACUCGGAUUUGGAAAAUAUUGAAUUGAACGAAAACAAUAAUCACAAUAAUAAUAAUAAUUAUAACAAUCACAAUAAUAAUAUUACUUGUAAUAAUACUGGGAAUAAUGAGAAUAACAGUAAUAGUAACCAUAACCGAGAGAUUAACAAUAAAAUGAAUAAACGUCAUAGUUACACUUCAUCCACAUCCACACCCACCCCUACUCCACCUCCCAACUCAAACACAUCAAACACAUACUCAUCCAAUUCAUCCAUUAGUUCAGAUAGUUCUGCCCCAGCAAAGCCCCAACCAGAACGUUCUCAAUCGGUUCCCCCUCAUUACCCGUAUGCCUUCGGUUAUCCCUAUCCCUGGUACAUGCCACCACCACCUCCGCAAUCCGUCCCUGGACAGUCUGCAAAUGGGGAACCACCGCAAGUGUUAAAUUGGCCUUAUCCCUAUCCCUAUCCACCUCCAUUGCCUCCAUCCGGUGAUGCAAAGCAAGGGGACGUUUAUCCCCCCUAUGGGUAUUAUUAUCCUUAUUACUUACCCCCACCACCAGCCUAUGGUCAGUCUUGUCCCCCUGGCGAUGCCCAUCAACCACAAAACUAUCCGCCGUUUAUGCCGCCCUAUGGUCCCUAUGCUUAUCCGGUAGCGCCUAGCUUUAGUCAGAGCUCGACGGAGAGUCGUUCAAGCAGUGUAUUGCCAGACAUAAUCAUCACUCCAAGCACCGAUGAUGUGCCCUCUCAGGUCAUAAUGCAGCACCACAUCAAGGUAGAGCCACGUGAGCCACCCAAGCGGGCACACUCCGUAGAGAUUGAGGAGGUCAGCAGUCGGCCAAAGUCACGGAGUAUUUGCACCAACAAGGAGCAGGUUAUCGACAUGCUUAGUCAGCGUCUAGCUAACAUUAAUAAGAUUGCAGGUGGCAAUACUCAAGACAAUCUAUCCAAACAACUGCAGAAAAACUACGCCGGAGAAAUGGCUAAAGAGUUGGGAGCACGUUCACAUAGUGAAAAUGAUACCGAGGAUAGCAGCGAUGACGAUGAUGACGACUCAAACACACCCAAAUAUGGAGCUACUAACGCAGCACCAUCUCCACUACAGGCUAUUAAGUCAGUGACCAAUGUGAAUAUAUUCAAAGGUUUAAGCAACAUCCCAGUACAGCAGUUGGAUUCUGAGAGUGAAGAUGACGAUGAAGAUGACGACGACGACGUAACAACAGCUGACGAAAUGUAUGACGAAGAAGAGCAAGUGGAAGAGGAGCAUGAGCAUCUCAUAGAAGAGAUUGAAGAUGAGUACGUCGUGGAGGAAGAUCUCAGCGUCAUAUAUGAGGAAGAAAGUGAGUUGGAACGGAGCAGCGAUUACGCCAAGACGGUCAUCAAGCGAAAUGACUCAAGCAUGAGCGAUGCUACCAUUGCUGAUCGUCAAGGUGACGAUGAGGAUAACUUGGACAAACUAAUAGAGGACAAUGACAACGGUGAGGAUGACGAUGAAUCAAAUUCGGUGACUGUUCGUCUACCAUUGCGUUUCUCCUUUAGUCGGAGUUCAAAUGAUGAGAACAUUGCCACCGUUCAGGUGGGCAGUACCACACAGAGCGAGGAAAAACGCCAAAGCAUAGACAACAAACGAAAUUCCUUCAGCGUGGCUAAAGUAGAGAGUGAAGAUGAGGAUGACGAUGAUUGUGAGGUUAGCGUUACCAUAAGUUUAUCAAACUCGUCGCGCUCCAAUUCAGUUGAUAAGUCAUGUCCACCCGUUGUUGAUAAGAUAACUGGCCGUAGGACAAGCAAUGAAGAUGUCACCACAUCAUUUUCACUUGGAAUGCGUAAUAAGUUCUCUACGGAUAUCCUGAAUGGCGAUGUGACAAAUAACAUCGUCAAAUCGGAACCAACAAUGGAAGUGGCUGAGGACGAGUCUCCAGCUGCUCCCAAAGAGGAAUUCGAUUUCUUUGCUACGCUCAUGGCUACCAAAAUGCAAGCACAGAAGAUGAUGGAACAAUCAAAGAACUACUGGAAAACACCAGAAACUAAGACUGUGGAACAGCCAAAGGAAGCAACUCAACAGACGGAUUGCCUGAAACUAAGAAAUAAAGAGCAAGAAUCAGAGGGUAAGCUAAGACCAAAAUCUGGCGAUCUUUCUAAGACUCAGGCCUCGUUGGAGGCGGCAAAAAAUAGCUUCUGGUCUACAUUUGCAACGGCAGCCAAGGAACCUGAACCGAUAGUGGAAUCAGAGCAGCAGGAAGAAGACAUUGAUUUCUGGGCCAGCAUCGAUGAAAGCAAAAAUGAUUCCCAAUGGACCAAAAAGAAAAAAACUGUUACGUACACUCCAUUAAAAAAGGAAACGGUGUCUACGAUAGAGCAUUGGACCACCACACUUAAAGCCAGAGUUGAGAUCCUACCGGAAGCGCAGUGCGCUACCCUCCAUUUUGUGGUGGAAGAAAAACCGAAAGUGGUCGAGGCAUCUGCUGACGAAGAGGAGGACUUUUGGGCAUCAGUGGAACAGGCAAAAUCAGAAGCGAAAAUAUUGAAAGUCACCGAGAAAGUCGCACAAGAUUCAGGAGCAAAUCAGGAUGAGCAAAAAACAAAGUCGGAUUUUUGGGACAAUCGGGCCGCAGAUGCGCCAAAUGAAGAAUUAGUUGAGGAAGCCAUACAACAAAUUGUUGAAGACGAGCAAAUAGAUUUCUGGUCCGACAUGGAGACAUGUCAACCAGAUAACCAACCCAACCACUUUGAGUUUGAUCCCACAAAAUAUCCUGAGGAGCCGCGAGAGGUAGAUACAGACGAGGAAAUUGAUUUUUGGGCUGAGAUUGAAGCAAAACGUGAACCAGACGAUGAUGACGUUACUUUUCACAAGUCAGCCACUUUCUGGGCACGCAAGGAACGCCAGAACUCUGUCGAAGAAGCUCCCUAUAAACCAAUGGAGACGAAAGCAUUCCGCGCCAAGUUGCCGGACGAACCAGCGAUCGAAAUUGAUGUAUGGGCCACAUUAGAGGCAGCUCGGGGUGAGGAGCCGGUGAUUGUUGAUCCAGUUGUUGAGGAGGAGCAUACACUGGCGGCUCAAUAUGAAGAAUUGGAGCACGAGAGCGAGGAAGAACUACCAAAGGAAACAUCAGUAGAAGAGACUGCUAAAGGUGCAGUGCCGGAGACGAACCUGCAUUUGGUUGAUACCAUGUCGCUAGCCUCUAUGCAUGAGCCAGCUACUGUGCACACCUGGACACCUUAUGCACCCAACUAUGAAGAGACCGCGGAGAUCAAUAAUGAACCUGACUUCUGGGCUGAUAUGGAAGAGGAGCGUACCAAGAAAGAGCAAAUAGAGGAAGCUGAACAGAAACGUCAAAACUAUCGCCAAGCGAUGGCGUUCUUCAAUACCUCCAUUGAUGAACAAAAGGUGGAGAAAAAAACUACUACGCAACAGUGUCCUCGCAACAGUGGUCUUCAAGAAAUAGAGGAGUUUGAGGAUGCCGAUAUAAAUAUUGAUUUGGGUCCUCCAGGAGUGUACGAGAUUGUUGGCGAAGAGAACGAAAUUGUGGACCAAAAUACCAUUGAAUCUGUUGAGGCCGCUGAAGAGGAACGAGGUGCUGUGACGCCCACAAACUUUGUGUCCCAAUUGCCUGAAGUUUAUGUAGAGCCAGAAUCAGAAGCAGAGCCCGAAAAGCUGAAGAAUCUUCUGCCUAAUGGACUGCCCGAUCUGGGUGUGGAGAAGUUCAAUGAAACUCCUAAAAUUUCAGUGCGCGAUCGCAUUAAUGUAUUCGAGAUAAGUCCUCCAAGUGGCGACAACAAGAACACGUCCAACAAAGCCCUAACAGUGCAGUCGUUAUCCGUGGACAGCGGUCGUGGCAAGGGACAGCUUUCCCGCAACAGCAGCACACAACGUUCGGAAUCAGAGAUCGAAGAGGACGAUUCUGGAGUGACAGACAUGAACCGACAACUGUCGGAGACGGACACCGAAUCAGAGAGCUUCCCAGAACUCCGCAAGAUGACGAGCUAUCAGCGCGCCGCCACACAUUCCAGGCUCUUCAAGCUGCUGCAGGAUGAAAAUGAUCUUCCCGAGGGUGCACAAACUGGGCAGGUGGAUGAGUUCCAGUUUAAGCCGAGCAGGCGCAAGAUUGUUCACAAUGUCUCCAUUACACGUCGGCAGAACCCGAGUGCUGUGACUGAGGCUGAAACAAUGACUGAGAGACGCGAACGUCUCUCGCUGCCGCUCCGCAAGAAUACCAGCAUUGAUGCGGACAAUCCAUCCACACCGAAUAGUCCCGCUUCGCCCAUUGUGGGACCAUCGGUCAGCAAGCAGCGUGUUGUCAGCGAUAAGCUGGUAAAUGAACUGGUUCAGAGUCUGCUUCUCAAGAGCGACAGCACACAUCUACGCAAUUUGCCCAUGGAACGUUUGCAGGCAGCAGCCAAACGUGCUCUUGUCGAAGAAAUGGACUCGGUAGAGAAUAGCUCGCUUGACAGCACGCCAGCGAUCACACCCAAACAGGAUAAUGAAUAUUCUGACUAUUACAGCAGCUGGACCGAUGCCAGUGGCGGCGAGGAGAUUGUGCCCUCAAAGGCUUUCCGUGCUCUGCAGGAUCCCCGUCGCAGUCCAUGGACAGUUCGCUGUCCGCGUGUGCUUAGCUCCAAAACUAUCAAUCGCGAUCUAGCGCGUGUCACAGAAUCACCGGAGAUUUUGAGUAGUCGGGGCAGUAAAAGUCCCGAAUGCUUUAGGCAACAGUCUAGGGAAAGAUCUACUAGCAGCUGGCGCAAGGUGUAGAUGCUAUACAAGUCCAAGGUUUAGCUCAUAGGGGCGGGGAUCAUACAAUCAUAUUUUAGAUUUUAGUACACUUGCAUUUGGGUCUUGCUCUUUGUGCAGGCCAACAGCAACAAGCACUGCCCUUGGUGGUAACAGGGAGCCAGUAAUUGCAUUUCUCAUCACAUCACAUUGUACAAUAUGACAAAAACUCAAACUAUUAAUUAACUAAAUAUCUAAUGAAUAAUGUAAAUAAAACUGAAGUCAAUCAAAUCAACUGAAAACAAAGAAAAAUCGUUCAUUCGUUCGUUCGUUCCGUUUGUUACCUCAGCAGUCACAAUUUUAAAAUUCAACAUACACAUAUAUUUAUUUUUCUUUAUAUAUAUUCUUAUAUAUAUAUAUAAACAUAUUAAAAUAAAAACAAAAUAAUUCCUACCAAAACAAACCAAUAACCGAAGAAAAAUUAAAAAAUCAAACAAAACCCAAAAAGAGUUAUCAAAUCGCCACAAUAAAAAUCAGUUUCAUCAACUCAAUGAUUUUGUAGAACUCGUUCAAAAUCCUAAGGACCUGGACAAUCGGAUCUAUAAUUAUUUCUCAACGCCAUAGAAAUCAAUUAUAGCUGACGGACUACUGGAAUCGUGUGUAUGUCUUAGUUUAAGCACCAGGAAACUUAGGAUUACCAUAAUCAAAUAAUUUGGGAACGGGCCCUGCAAUAACAGUUUUUAGUGAAAUUUCUUAAAACUAACUUUAGCAUUGUAUCUGAUGAAAUGAUGAGAAAAUCUUGUAUUUUCUCUAAUUGUUAAACGCGAUUUGAAAGCAGCACUAAAACCUCUAACACAAUUUUCGAAAACCAAUAGCGAGAGCGAAUCAUUACUAAUCCUAGCACUUAAACGUAUAAAAAAAUGAAAACAGUUACACGAGACAGUUAACAGACGAAAUAACAACAAUGAGGUAACAACGAAACGAAAACAACAAACGCAAUGACAAGUAAAUCGACCAAUUAUACAAAAAAUGUAUCCGGAUAAACGAAAAGCGCAUAUUACAACGAUUAAUAUUAUUAAUAAAUAUACAAAAACUGUUUAAGAAACUUCUGAGGACUUUUAAAUACUUUCAUCAGCUUUUAACAAGGUUCUUUUUGUUUAUGUCAUAGUUAUUUAUAUGAAACAAGAAACAUAAAUAUGGUAUUCGUAUGCAUACGAAUGUGUUAUCAAAUUUUUUGACUACUAUUAUUAUUUUAUACUUCUAUAUUUUGUGUUGUAUAAUUUUUAUGCAGUGACAUUUUAGUAAAUAAAGAAAUAUCUAAAACAAA